AUGGUUAUGCCGAUUGACUUCUGCUUUCCUGUACGAGAGUUGUCCGAUGGCUUGGUUAAGUUGACGCCAUUCAAUGUGAGCAAGCAUGCUAAGCCCUUCUUUGACGGGUCCAAGGACCAUCCAGAGCUCUACAGGUAUAUGUCUAUCGGACCCUUUGACACAGACCAAGAGUUCGUGACCAAAUUUAUCGAGAACUUUGUGAAUGCACAACCAUCAGUUGUGUGCUUCGCGGUAAUUGAUAAGAGGAAGCCACCUUCAGUGGUCGACCCCGAAGGUGAACUCGCUGGGAUGGUUUCAUACAUGGCUGCCACGGCGGCUCACCUCUCCGCGGAGGUUGGGUACAUCAUUAUUCUCCCUCCAUACCAGCGAACUCACGUCACAACCCAUGCAAUCGGACUCCUUCUUCAUUAUGCGCUAGAUUCCCCGGAGCAAGGUGGUUUAGGCCUUCGUCGGAUGCAGUGGCUUGCUGAUCCUCCGAAUAAGGCGUCGCUGUCCGCAGCGCAGAGGAUGGGGUUUCAACUGGAGGGGAUCUUACGGUGGAAUAAAGUCGUUCCCGAUGCCGACGCGAGAGGAAAGGUACACAACGGGCGCGAAAAACCGUCAUAUGGAGAACAGAAAGAUAGAGGUCGGGAUACGGCAUAUCUUUCGCUCUGUUGGGAUGAUUGGGUGGGUGGGAAGAGAGAGGUCGUAGAUGAACUUUUAUCUAGAUAG